AUGACAGUGAUGGAAGCAAGCUACACAAAGGAAUUCAAUUUGAGGCAAGUACUCUUUCUGUUCAUAUUCUGGUCUUUGAUCAACUGGGUGGUAUCUGAGCAGGUUCAGUAUUCAUUUCCAGAGGAAACAGAAAAGAAUUCCUUUGUGGGAAAUGUUGCUAAAGAUUUAGGGUUGGAUGUUGGACAGUUGCCAAAACGCAAACUUGCUAUAUCUUCAGAAAAGCAAUACUUUGCUCUGAAUGAGCAAAAUGGUGAUCUACAUGUGAAUGACAGAAUAGACCGGGAAAAGAUUUGUGGAAAAUCACCUACUUGUAUCCUACAGUUAGAAGUUGUAGCACAUAAUCCUUUGAAUAUUUUCCACAUAAAGGUUUUCAUCUUAGAUAUUAAUGAUAAUGCUCCAUAUUUCCGGAAGAAAAAUAUCAAUCUAAAGUUGAGUGAGUCUAAUUUGCCAGGAGCUCGAUUUGCCCUUGGAAAUGCUGAAGACAAGGACAUUGGAAUCAACUCCCUUCAAGAUUAUCAUUUGAGUUCAACCCCAUAUUUCAACCUAGAAAUUCAAGAGAGCAAAGAUGGUGGCAAAUAUGCAGAAUUAAUUUUGCAAAAGCCACUGGACAGGGAAAAAGAGCACAUGCAUCACUUGAUUCUUACAGCUUCAGAUGGGGGACGUCCAAUGAAAACCGGGACUCUUAACAUAGAAGUUAACAUUAUUGAUACAAAUGACAAUCCACCAGUCUUCUCCCAGGCAACUUACAAAGCAAGUUUGAAAGAGAAUACACCCAGAGGGACUUCCGUGCUUCAAGUUAAAGCAUCUGAUAUCGAUGAAGGGUCAAAUGCUGAGAUAUCUUAUAUUUUCUAUGAUAUCCCAGAAAAUGUGAAUCAGAAAUUUAAAUUGGAUCCCACUGAUGGAACAAUUUCACUUAAGGAAAGUAUUGAUUUUGAAGACAGGGGAAGCUAUGUAAUGUUAAUACGGGCAACUGAUGGAGGUGAACUGGUAGCACAUUGCAAUGUAGAGAUUGAGGUUCUUGAUGAGAACGACAAUGCUCCAGAAGUAAUUAUUACAUCUGUAUCCAGCCCCAUUCCUGAAGAUAUUCUACCUGGGGCAGUGAUUGCUCUCAUCAAAGUCCAUGACAGAGAUUCUGGACUUAAUGGGGAAGUCACCUGUUACCUAAAGGAAAUUGUACCCUUCCAGAUAGUGUCAUCAUCAGAUAAUUACUUCAAGCUCCUCAUAGACGGCCCCCUCGACAGAGAAAAAAUGCCAGUGUAUAACAUUACAAUUACAGCCACAGACCAAGGCACACCUCCUCUCUCCACAGAUAAAACCAUCUCAGUACCAAUUUCAGAUAUCAAUGAUAACCCUCCAGCAUUUGAAAAACCUUCCUAUGUUGCCAACAUUCCUGAGAACAACCCAUCCGGAAUGUCCGUUUUCCAAGUCAAGGCUUUUGACCCAGAUCUGGAUCGGAAUGCCCAAAUCACCUACUCCAUUCUUGACAGCAACGUCAAGGACCUGCCUCUCUCCUCCUACGUUUCCAUUAACUCUGAGACGGGAACUCUCUAUGCUCAACGAUCUUUUGACUAUGAGCAGUUCAGAGAGUUCCAGCUGCAAGUGCAAGCCCAGGAUGGAGGCUCUCCAUCUCUCAAUAACAGCGUCACGGUCAAAGUGUGUGUAUUGGAUCAGAAUGACAAUACUCCCCAGAUCCUGUACCCUUCCCAAACAACUCAGGGUUCGUUGUUCUUCGAGAUGGUGCCUCACUCAGCUGAGUCGGGUUAUUUGGUGACAAAGGUAGUGGCUGUGGACGCUGACUCUGGACACAACGCCUGGCUCUCUUUUCAUCUCCUGCAGGCCACAGAGCCCUCGCUCUUCAUCAUCGGCUCCCACACGGGAGAGAUCCAAACAGCUCGAGCAUUACUUGAGAAAGACAUUAUGAAGCAGAGGCUGGUCAUCAUGGUGAGGGAUAAUGGGCAGCCACCUCUCUCGGCCACCACUAGCCUGAACCUGGUCUUUGCUGAGAACUUCCAGGGGGCUCUUCCUGAAAUGAAGUCCCAACCCAAUAACUCAGAGGAUCAGUCCAACCUCCAGUUUUAUUUGGUUCUGACUUUGACUUUGGUGUCCUUUCUGUUCCUGGUGGCAGUGAUUUUGGCCAUUAUUAUGAAACUUCAAAGGUCAAGGAACCCCACUUUUCUUCAGUGCUUCAUUCCUGAUUCUCACUCAAAGACCGGUGCCAUAUUUCCCCCAAAUUAUGAAGAUGGGACUUUGCCUUAUUCUUAUCAGAUCUGUUUAUCCACUGAAUCCAGGAGAAAUGAACUGACUUUUCUUCAACCCAAUGCCCAAAUAGUGGAAAACCUCCUUUGCAGCAAUAAACCUGAUACUUCUAUUAUGGUCAAUGAAGGUAACAUUUUUGAUUCUGGAAAGGACAUGGUUUAA